AGUCUACUUAUUUUGAUGCUGGAUGUUAUCAAUAUAAUUCGAGUACGAAUUCCAGAAAUGUCCAUAUGAAAUUGAGGAUAUUUUAUCCUACCAAUGCUCCGCGAUUCUCUUAUCUGCGUGUUAAUCACAGUGUUAAAAUAGGCAGAACGUUUAUUGUGUCUGGUUUUGUUAGGCGUAUAACUCCUGAUUUUAUUAUAGUUGAACUCACGGAUCUUGACUUUAUAUCUACUAAUGCCAAUACAAUCAAGAAUGUGCAAGUGAGCGCUUCUUCAGUUGCUUCAAAUAAUCGCUCAGACAUUGAUCUGAUCGCCGAAGAUGUUAAUUCUACUACGUCACGGGCGCCGAAAAGGUCUUGUGUAAUUACGUCAAGAUCUUCUAAACAAAGUACUAGCUCGUCUUCUGUUACCAAUAACUCCACUACACCUUUUCCAACUUCGAUAACACCCGUUAAUAUUAAUCCUGAAACAGUUCAAAUCCAAAAAGGCAAAAAUAAAUUGUCUAAUUUAGCCUUGAAUUGUCUUGAAACGAUCGUUGAAGAUAACAUUCAAGAUGAAAGAGUCUGCCCUGAAGAUGUUUCAGGAGAUGAUGAUUUAGAAUACUUGCGUGAACAGGAUGUUGAAGAAGAACAGAUAAAAAAAAGAAGUAAAAGAACCCCAAGAAAAACUAAAAAAUAA